AUGCCCACCUCCAAGGUUCAGGCAUCCCAUGCGGCUCUGCCAAGCCUGCCUCUGAAAAUACCAGAAGGAUUCAAGAGCAAAGUGGUGGCACCCAGGAAUCCCAAACUAGUUAGAAGAGAGGAUAGGCCUAAAAAACUGACACCAUCUGCUUUUGCACAAGAGAUGUCUCAAUCUACAGCGGAGCGGCUGGCAAAUACACAUGAGAUGCACCCACCACGCAUUCUAGAGCUGAUAGACAUGAGUGAGACCACUCACCAGAAGUUCUCUACCAUUGAUGUGGACCAGGCCAUGUUCCAGCCAUACCCCUCGGAGAUUGUGUUCCAGAAUUAUACGCCCUCAGAGACCUUUGAGAUUUCACUGAUUCUCCGUAACAAUGACAAGAUCCCACGGCUGGUGAAGGUGGUGGAGGGAGACUCUCUGUAUUUUAAAGUGGUCAGUCCAGUGGAUGUAUGUAGCAAAGUGGCCCCAGGGAUGGCGUCCACAUUCAGUGUCCUCUUUACACCUCAGGAGAACAAGGACUACAUCCACAGGCUCAUCUGUGUGACAGAGAGGGAGAGGUUUCAGGUUCCUAUCCGGGCGAUUGGGGCGCGGGCCAUCCUAGACUUCCCUGACCACCUGCACUUCUCUCUGUGCCCUGUGAAGUGCUCCUCACAGAAGACCCUGCUGGUGCGCAACAUUGGCAACUGUGAGGCCAAGUUUCAGCUAAGCACACACAGCCCUUUUUCAGUGGAGCCCCCUCUUGGAACUAUUGGAGUUGGAGAGAGCAUGCAGGUGACAGUUGACUUUCUACCCAAGACUGCAGGAGACCACAGCCAGGAUCUGCUGCUUCACUACCAUACAGGGGAGGAUAUUGGCAUCAGUCUGUAUGGAGCGUCUGCAGACGUGAAUGUGAGGCUGGACAGGAACUCUGUCAUAGUGGAGAAAACCUACAUCUCUAUGGCCAACCAACGUUCAGUGUCCAUAGUGAACAGGAGUGAUACUCUAGUCCACUACCAGUGGAAGAGCCUGGCCACUAAAGAGGAGGAAGAGCAGCAGAAGCUAAGGUUCUGUUCCGAACUGCAGCGGGAGGAGGAGGAUGACAUGGAUCAGUUCCUGACAGAGUGUGACGCAGACCCCACUCUACGUGACCGUCUCUCCCUGCUCUCACGCACCUUCCAGGACCGACGCAGGCAGCUGAAGGAGGAACGUCUGUCCUUCUCAGACAACUACAUCACAGUGGAACCUCUGGAGGGGGACAUUUGGCCAAACACCACCUCAGAGGUCAACAUAAUUUUCAAACCACAGGAGGCAAAGAUUUAUCAACAGACGGUCUAUUGCGACAUCACAGGCCGUGAGUCUCGCCUACCACUACGGAUAAAGGGGGAGGGGUUAGGCCCCAAAUUACAAUUCAACUUUGACCUCCUUGACAUGGGUACCAUCUUUAUUGGCUCCAAACACAGCUAUGAGGUGCUUCUGUCUAAUAAUGGGCUCAUCGAGGCCACCUUCAAGCUGGUGCCUCCCAGCUCAGGGUUUGGCCAGUGUUUCUCCUUCAGCCCUACUGAGGGGAUGGUUCCCCCUGGGGCCUGCCAAGCCAUGGAGGUCUGCUUCUCCUCCAGCACCCUGGGGGUCUUCUCUGAGGAGUUCAUCUUCACUGUGGGGCGAAACCCACAGCCUAUCAGCCUCACGUUUAGGGGUUGCGUAAUAGGCCCCACUUUUCACUUCAGCGUUUCAGAGCUCAACUUUGGGGAUGUGUCCUUUGGUUUCCCUCACACACUGACCUGCAGUCUGAACAAUACUUCUCUGGUUCCUAUCAACUUUGGGCUGAGGGUUCCAGGGGAUGGCAGUGGCCCUUCCAGCAUCACCAGUGUCUCCCAGGUGUCAGACCUGAGUAGGACAGAGUGGAGCUCCAGUACUGUACCAGACCGGCCCAUUGAGUUCACCCUGACACCCAACUCAGGAACCGUGCGUCCUCAGGGACUGGUUGACAUCCAGGUGACCCUGUGCUCCAACAGUGUUCAGCGCUACAGUCUGGCUCUAGUAGUGGACGUACAAGGGGUUGGGGAGGAUGUGCUGGCCCUACCCAUCAAUGCCAGGUGUGUCAUACCAAAUGUUCUUCUGGAUACCCCAGUACUACAGUUCCAGAGAUGUUUCCUGAGUUACCCUUACGAGCAGUCAGUGAAGCUUACUAAUGACAGUGACCUGCCUGCAUGCUAUGGCCUUCUGUUCCAGGAGUAUGAGGAGUACCCGUCUCUGCUCUACUCCAGUGCCCACCCACGAGGGGUCAUUCAGCCCCACAGUGCUGUGGACAUCCCCCUGGCUCUGCGGGCUAAGACUGUUGGCAGGCUUCAACAAACUGCACAGAUUGCUAUAUUUGGGAAGAAGGAGCCUCCUCUGAACCUGCAACUGUCCUGCAUUGGGGAGGGUCCGGUAGUCCAUGUGAUGACAACAGAGGUGGCCUUUGGCAGCAUACCAGUUCUGACCGAUGUCUCCAGAACACUGCAGCUCGCAAACCAGUCCCCGAUACCAGCACGCUUUGUGGCUCAAAUGGUGCGCAGCAGGUCUCUGUGGCGGGUGGAGCCAAGUGAGGGAGAGGUUCCACCCCAGGGGAAGCUGGAGCUGAGGCUAGUGGCUCACCUGGAUGACACCCUGCAUUUCCAGGACAAGCUGCACCUGUCCAUCCAGAAUAGUGAAACACACACCAUCCCUCUCUCUGCUACUGGCAAGGGCACUACUAUUGUCACCAACCGCCCUUUUGCCCCCAGUCUGGACUUGGGAGCCCAUUUCAGCUCUGGUCCAUGUCAGUACCAUUUUAGAGUGACCAACCGAGGUCGCCGCUCCCACCAGCUGUACUGGACAACGGAGGGGUACCCCCAGUUUCGCCGAAGAGUUCCCCCACCCGCCAACACCACCAGGGAGGGAAAGGGUCGCAGCUCCCUGGUACCCCCACCUGUAGAUGGGCCAGUCUUCAGCCUGCACCCCAUGCGUAUGGAGCUGGCCCCGGGACACACUGCCGACAUGGUGCUGGAGGGCUCCUCUGACUCUCCCAAGGUGGUCCGAGAGAGGCUGGUGUGUCACGCCAUCCUAGGUCACCAGAGUGGGAAGGAGCGCAUCAUGACGGUGGACGUCACAUGUCGGUUUGUCUCACCCAUCCUGGACAUCUCCUCCCAGCAGCUCAGCUUCUAUGUGGAGAAGGCUCCAGGUGUCUCUCUGCUUCCUCUCUACCAAAAGCUGCUCCUGAGGAAUGUGUCGUCUCUGGCCCUCUCUCUGCAGCUCACUCUGGCUGAGCCCUUUGGUCUGUCUGACCACGAUAGUGAUCACACUUGUGUCACUUCUAAGACUUUGGUACUGGCUGUAGGAGUGCAGACGGAGCAGUGGGUGCGCUUCGACCCCUUAUACCGCCAGGACAGUAUGACGCGGGUGGCUGAGGAGGUGCUGGAGGUGCGCUACUCAGACCAUCCUCAGCAGGACACGGUGGGCCUGAGGGGAGAGGUUCACUUCCCCAACCUGCACUUCUCAAGCGCGACCCUGGACUUUGGCUGUGUACUGAACCACACCGAGGUUCAGCGCCAGCUCACCAUGACCAACUGCAGCCCUCUGUCUGUGUCCUACCACUGGGCCUUCCUGGUCGACCAGCAACAGUACAAUAUCAGGGAAAUUGAGGUUCCCAAACUGUUCCUGGAUGAGAAGGUGGAGGAAGAGAAGGGCGACCAAGAGAAUGAGACUAAGGAGGGGAAGGGCUCUCCCAAAGAUCCCCUGUCAGCUCCAGUCACCCUCACUCUCAUCACAGAGGGGAGGCAGAGCCAGGGGCGAGGCAGCUACAACCCCAGCAGACAGGAGAUCAACAGGACCUCACCAGCACAUCGGCCAGCCAGUACUGAUCAGAACACAGGCACAGCAAGCCGCACUACAAAGGACCACCCCAGUGUUGGAGUGGAGGAGGUGUUUGAUAUCCUACCUAUAUAUGGGGUGCUGCAGCCAGGUGAAAGCCAGCUGGUGUCCUUCUCCUUUUACGGUCAUGCUGACAUCAGUGGUCAGGUUCUGGCUCUGUGUGAGGUCGAGGAGGGCCCCACGUAUGAAAUCACACUCAAAGGAGAGGCUUCACUAGUCACCUACAGCCUGAACAGAACAGAGAUAGACUUUGGCCUUCAGUUGUUUGACCAUGUGGCCGAGGCAGAGAUCACCCUGAGGAACACAGGGAAGGUGGGCUUUCAGUUCAGUGCUCUGUUGGGGGAGAAGGAUUUGUGUGAGGACCCUCGGCCUGGACAUCCCCUGGUCAUCCCCAGAAUGGGUUACACCGAGGCGAAUGCAGAGCAGAAGCUUUCAGUGUACUAUCUCCCUGGGGUCCCUGAGGUCUUCCACAAGACUUUCCAGCUGCAGGUGGCUUUCUUUGAGCCAGAGAGCAUCACUCUCAGAGGAGAGGGCAUCUUCCCCAGGGUGUGCCUGGACCUACCCAGAGAGCUCAAUGAUGAGAGGUAUACUGCAGUGGUGAAGGAGGCCAAGGAGGCUCUGGAGGAGGACAGGAGGGAUGUGGGCAUCAGCCGGCCUGCUACUGGAAAUGGCCUCCUGUCAGACAAGGACUACAUCCCUACAUAUGAUGCCCUGCUGCAGAUGGAGGUAGAGAGGCUCUUGGUGAAACAGAAUGCCAUGGCUGUUGAGAACAGACAAGUGGACAAUAGAGACACACCUGCGUCCACUAGCAAGUGGCGCAAGAAGCUUAGCAGAUUCCUCCUACCGGAGUACACACUGGAUUUUGGCUAUGUGAUCCAUGGUAGUGUUCCUAACCACAUAGUCAAAGUGACAAACACUGGACCCAUGUCUGUGUCCUUCCGGGCUGACCGCCGCCCACUCACAGGCACGGGAUUUGUUGUAGAGCUGGAUAGAGUGAAGAAUCUGCCCUAUUGUGAGACUGAGACCUUUGAAGUGAAGUUUGACCCACGUGGAGCAAAUCUGAAUUUAGGGGAGCUCAACACUGUCAUGCCUAUACAGGUGGUUGGGGGCCCUUCAGUGCAGGUCCAUCUGUGUGCCGUAGUCACCAUGCCCUCCCUCACAGUCUCCACGGAUACGCUGCAGUUUGACAGCAUCCAGUGUGGGCUGUGUCAGGUAACCACCGUCCAGCUGUUCAACCCCGAGCCUGUCCCCUGUGAGUGGAGCAUCGCAGAGGAGCAACGGCCCAGGAAGAAGAUUGACAAGCAUAUCCCUCUCCACCUGAGACGGAAGGCCAGAUUGGAACAGUGUCCUCCUCCAGUGGUAUUUGAAAUGCUACCUUCAACAGGCGUGCUGUAUCCUGGAGAUAGAGUCAACGUCCAGGUCAAAUUCAGCCCAGCCGAGGGGAGAGCAUACAGCCAGAGGCUGGUGGUGUCAGUGGCCCAAAGCACCCAGAGGAUGUUGAUGCUGGCCCAGGGGCAGGGAGAGGAGCCCCAGCUGGAGUUCUCCUCCUCUGUGCUGGAGCUGGGACCCACCCUGCCAUUCAGUGCUGGAGAGGAGGGUGAAGUGAUCGUACGGAACCCCUGCCCCUUUCCCAUUGAGUUCUACUCCCUGGAGUUUGACAAGAAAUACCUGGAGGAAGAUAAGAUUCUGCGUAUGAUGAAGGGCUAUGAUGUCCAGAACGUCCUGCUGUUGCCCCCACGCGCCCCGGGAGAGUCACUACCUCCUGAGCUAAUCGACUAUUACAAUGAACACAACUGUGAGGAGGAGGAUGAGUCCAAGGCUGGCUACCCUAAAGAUGAGGAGGCAUCUGAGGCAGGGGACAAGGGAGAGCAGGAGGAGGAGCUAGCCACCCCACCCCUUCCAGAACGACUCGUGGAGGAGGAGAAAGAGGCAGCUCCCUCCAAGGAUGGGACUCCAUGUGGAGACCUGAUCAAAGACACAGUGGAAAGCAGGACUGCCAGUGUGGGGGACCUGGAGGUCAACCCAGUGUCCAGAGCUAUUGCACGCCACAUGGGCAUUGACCUGUCACCUGAGGGCCAGGCUGCACGAAACCGCCGGGGCAUCGCAAUCAUUGUGCAUGGGGCUCCCCUCUCAGGUAAAACAGGCACAGCAGUGACUCUGGCCAAAUACUAUGGUGCAGCGUGUCUGAGCAUUGAUGCUGUAGUGCUGGAGGCACUGUCCUCAGGGAUGACCUCUGCUGGCCUGCGGGCCCGAGAGCUGUGUGCCAAGGCUGCUAUAGAGCAUGCUCAGAAGAGGGUGGAGGAGGCUGUGGUGGAGGUGAUGGGGCCUGCUGGUCAGGGUGCUGGUACUCUGAGUGUGGAGGCUGUAGCCAAACACACAGCUGAGGGCAGUCAAGUCAUUGACCCCAAAGCUCCAGCCUCUUCCAUCUCUACACGUAACAAGAACAGUGUUGUGGGAGGGAAGAGGAUCGACGGAUCACAGCCCACCGCCCCGUCAAUGGGUGGUGGUCCUAUCCACCGGCAGCUCAGCAUCAGUGUGAGCCAGGUGGGAGAGCUGGGCCUGAUGAGCUGCCUGCUACCAGACCAACUGCUGGUGGACAUCCUCUCAGAGAGACUGCAGCUGAGUGACUGUCACCGGGGUGUUGUGAUGGACGGGCUGGAGACGCUGUACAGCCUCUCCCCCAGCAGCACCCUACAGAUCAUCCUCAAGGCCUUCAACAACAGAUCCUUCAUCUACAUGGUCAAUCUCUCCAACAACUACUAUGCCUUCAAGGCCAAGGAGAGGGCACAGAGAGAGGCAGAGGAGGUCUUACAGAGGGAGCACGCUGAGAAGGAGAAGCUGCGCUUGCAAGAAAUGGAUGAGGAGGAGUAUGAUGCCCUGCCAGAGGAGGAGAAAGAGCGCAUCGACCUCAGACACCUUGUGGCACUGAGAGAACGAAAGCGCAGGGAACAAGAGCGGGCAGAAAGGGAACAGGAAGAGAGGAGACAACAAGAGGAGCUAGAGAGAGUGAGAGAAGAAGAGGAGAUGAAAAAGAAAAACAAGAAAGGCAAGAAGGAGCCUGCCAAGGACGACUCAUCAGGGAAGAAGAGUCAGCUUGGAGGAAAACAGUCUGCAAGUGCCCUACGCUCAGAGACAAAACUGGACCAGCUGGUGAAAGAUGGGAGAAAAAUGUCCUCCUGUGCUGACGGCAAGGAGUAUAAAGACUCUCCCACAGAGGGCACUAGGGAACCAGAGGAGGGAUCCAAGAAGAAGAAGCCCAAAGAGGGCAAGGCAGGGGGUCAGGAUGAGUCUCCAUUACCAAGCGAGGACCCAGAGAGAGAGCUGUCUAGUGAGGGUGACCGACUGCUGCUGUCUCGGUUCAGGCUCUACGAGCAGAGCCAGCCCCAGCUUCUCCACAUCCUACAGUUCUGGGACCGAGCCCAGGGUCAACUCCUCCAGCCCCUGUUCUCUGAAGACAACAUCCAGGAGCCAGAGGAAGUAGUCCCUGAGAGACAGGCCCCCUCCGGCAAGAAGACCAAGAAAGAGCGGGAGAAGGAGAAGGUGGAGAAGGAGAAGGAGCGCUUGGAGAAGGAGAAGUUGAAGGCAGAUGCCACAGAUGUGAAGCUGGUGUCUCCAGCCCCUAGCCAGGCCCUUCUAGCAGUGGAGGGGUCUGAGGGAGGGGACAGGGAGGCUGCACCUGAGACUGUGCCCCACAUCCUCCUUUCUGUUACUGGGAGGGACUAUCUUAGUGGAAUAGAGAUCCUGAAGAGCAACAAACUGCCCCGUCUUGAAGAGGUGUUGGAUGGUUUAGGGCUGGGACCCAAGGGCCCUCCUAUCCCCCCCUCCACUAUCUUCUCUGUCAUCCCCUACCCUAAGAAGAGGCCUGUGCCCAGUGCACAGCAGAUCACUAGUUGCUUCACCUUCAUGGUGCCCUCAGUUCCAGAGGAUCCAACAGGGGAGAAGAAGGAUGCAGACAUGGAGGCUGAAGCUCAAGGCUCAGUCAAGGAAGAAGUGGUGACCCCUACCAAAGGACGGGGGAAGAAGGCAGACACAGGCAGAGAGAGUCAGAAAGACAAGAGACGCGCCCCAGCCAAAAAGGGGGCCAGGUCCAAUGAGUCUCGCUCCCCUCCUCUCAACGCUGUGACUCCCUUAUCUGACACUGAGCAGUGCCAACAGGAGUCCCAACAGGAGCGCAACCAGCGGCUCACCACAUUCCGCUGGAAUGUCCCACCCAAUGGAGAGGUGACGCUGAAGAUCUGGUUCCACUCCCAAUUGCCUGGCAAGUUUGACCAAACACUGAACUUUGAGUUGUUGGGUACAAAGAGACGGUACCAAAUGUACUGUAGGGGCAUCUGUGCAUAUCCAUCCAUCAGCAAAGAUGUAAAGAUGGUGUUUGCCCACAGUAAGAGGGUCCUUCAGUCUGAUGAGGUUCUGCAGAAGACCUACAUCAUCCGCUCUGGCCUCUAUGAGUUUGGUCCGCUGCUCUGUGGGAAGACCAGAGAUAGGUAUAAAGAGAGGAAGUAUCCAGAGAACAUGGAAAGGCUGGUGAUACACAACAACUCCCCACUGGAUGCUGAGAUUCACUUCUGCUUCCAGCAUGACACCAAGGCUACCACCUACCUAUUGGACCCUCCCAACAUGACCCUCAAGCCCAACGAGAGACAAGUACUGACAGUGUGGGCGUACCCUACGAGCCCAGGGCAGAUAGAGGACAGUGUGGUGUGCUGUAUUAAAGAGAACCCAGAGCCAGCCAUCUUCCGCUUCUCCUGUCGCGGGGUCCGGCCCGAGCUCGAGAUCGAACGCAAGCAGCUGCAUUUUGAUAAGAUUCUACUGCACAGGAAGGACACGAGGAAUCUGUGCCUGCGUAACAACACGCUGCUGCCUGCAGCCUGGAGGCUGAGUGGGCUGGAGGUGCUGGGGGAUGAGUUCAGUGUGUCUCAGGACCAGGGCAUCAUCCUGCCACACUCUGAGUUCUGCUUGCAGAUGCAUUUCAGAGCCAUGAAGCCCAUCAACCUGAAGAGAGCCAUUCGCCUCGAGGUGUCCGAUGUGGAGAACAUCCUGGGUAUUGUCCAUACAGAGAACAUACAGAUCCUUGCUGAGGCCUAUGACGUGGCUCUGGACAUCACCUUCCCUAAAGGGGCUGACGGCGGUCUAGACUUUGGAACCAUCAAAGUAUCUGAGGAGGUCAAGCUUUCUGUGAACAUGAAAAACAAGGGCAAAUAUGAGAUAGCUUUCAAGUUUAUCCUGGAGGCCACAGACCCAGCCGUGCCAGACCUGAACCAGAUCUUCACCAUCACCCCACAGAAGGGCUCCCUCAACCCCAACGACCGGCCCACAUGCGUCCAGUUUGUGUUCCGCCACAACAAGGAGGUGUCCAUCCGAGAGCAACCAAUUCUGCGCUGUCAAGUGAUUGAGCCAAAUAUUGCAGAGGGUGGAGAGACCAUUGCCAUCAUUCCCAUCAAAGUAUCAGUCCAGUCCCUCUUCUCGAAAUACAACAUCAUGCCCUCCAGUGACAUUAACUUUGGCCCACUAGUCUACGGCUGCCGCAAGACACAAACCUUCACCAUAGAGAACAAGGGAGACUUUGAGAUCCGCUUCAACAUCAGCAGGAUGUGUAAAGAUCUGCCACAGCCUGCCCAGAGGAGAGGCAUUGUGGGGAAGAGAACAUCACGUGAGAACCACUCUGCUAAACCCCUCACUGGAAACAAAGUGCGGCGAGCUGAAUCCAUCCAGAAGGACAUGGGCAUGUCCACUCUGGCCCGUUUCACCAUGGGCGUGUUCUCAUUGGUCCCUGGUUUUGGUAUCCUGGCGCCGGGCGCUCACCAGGUGGUCACGGUAGACUGUGUGGCAGAGCAGGCAGGACGCUGGCAGGAGUGUCUGGCCCUGGACAUCACCGACCGAGACCCCUCAGACAAUCCAGGCGGUAUCCCCUACCAGCUUGUGGCUGAAGUCUGCAUGUCAGGGAUUGCAUACAAAGACAUUGCCUCUAUUUUUGAGGAGCACCGCAUCUGCAAGACCAGCACCAUGUUGUACUGUGAGCAGUUCCGUGAUUCCAUGGGCAUCUAUAUCCAGGAUGAGAACAAAUUUGUUUUCAAUAAUGUUCUGGUGGGUCGUCCCGCCAAAGCCCGCUUCCGCCUCACCAACAACGGCAAGGUGCCCUGCGAGCUGAGCCUCGCAGUUAAACCUGUCCUUACGAAGAUAUCAGUGCGUAGCACGGAGGUGUUUGAGUUGACGCCUGGCAGGCUUUCUAUACCCAGUCACUCUCAUUCCUUUGCCAUCAUCACAUUCGCCCCUCAGACCAUGCAGACCUACCAUGCUGUGUUUGAGGCCACCCUGGAGGGAGCUACCAGUCUGCAACCCAUGGCCAAGUCCAAGGUGUUGGUGUUUGAUCUGAUGGGUGAUGGCAAUCUGCCCAGUGUGACUAUUCUGAGACCAGUCCUGAGGACCAGCCGUGGACACCCUCUGCUGCAGUUCAAACGGCUGCUGGUGGGCCGGGCCCAGACCCUGCCCCUGGUCCUGAAGAAUGAUGUCAAUGUACCUGCUCAGAUUCACAUUGAUCUUCUGGAUAAGAUGGGGGUGUUCACUUUGGGAGCUGCUCCCAACACCAUCUGCAGCAACAUCUCCUCAUCACAGAUAGAUGCAGAGGUCGGGACAGAGAGACAGAUGGCGCACACUGCCUCCUUGGUGCUGUUAGGCGGUCAGCAGGCAGAGUUUGAGGUGGUUUUUAGUCCCGUGGUGGCUCAGAGCUUCGAGGCCAACAUGCGCCUCCUAGUGGUGGACAACCAGUAUGAGGAGACAGUGGUGCGGCUGCUGGGGGAGGGCUACCAUGACGUCAUCUCCCUGGACAACAUCAACAGCAAGGCUCAGCAAAAGGAGUACUCACCAGAUGGUAAGGGGGACCUGCUGUUCUUUGGAGACUGUGAGGUGUCCAGGCCCUACCAGGAGACCUUCACCAUGACCAACCUGAGCAGCAAUAACGUGCUGAGGUUCGAGUGGCCCGCCGACGGCCCCCAGGUCUCCUUCUCCCCCCAGGUGGGCCACCUCCAUGCAGGCUGUGCCAAGGAGGUGACCGUGACCUUCUGCUCAGAGCAGCCCGUAGUGCUGAUUGCCCAGCCUAUGAAGUGUAAGCUGUGCAGGGUGGUGUUCCAGCAGCCAGUGGACCAGGUGCCAGACUGGGACGACCGCCUCAGGACCGUCAAGUGGGUCGACUCUGGAAAACAAGUGGGCAGUCAACAGCCUACAAAGAAGAAGGUGAUUGAGACAGACCCAGAGCCAGUCCAUUCUGUAGUAGAAAAGUCAUUCAGGGAGACGGAGCUGCGCAUCAGUGCUGUGUGUGAUUAUGCUAAGUUCACCUGCAACGCAGAGACCAUCCGCUUCAAGGACACUCUGCUCUAUCAAACCAGAAUGUUCCAGCUCCAGAUGGUGAACAAAGGCAGUGUGAAGCUGGAGUACUCAUGGCAGGUCCUAAUGGACAGAUAUGGAAAAGGUGUCAACUUUGAUCAUGGAGACGUUAGCCCUCGCUCCUGUCAGAGCAGUAGAUUAGGGGUGAGACCUGCCAGCUCUUUAGAGAGCGUGUCAUGCCUGAUGCUGGGUGACCCAGACCUGCCACCCUUCUCCGUGGAGCCCAGUGUGGGUAUCAUCAGCCCUGGAGCCACCCAGACCUUCAGGAUCAAGUUCUCCCCCUUGGAGGUAGCAGAGUGUGAAGCCAGGCUGGUCUGCAGCAUCCCCAACCUGAAAGACGAGCAGAGCCCCACCAUGGUGGUGUGUGGUCGCAGUUUACUGCCCUACUGCCACUUCCACCUGGAGGACUCAGACUACAUCAGUGGAAACAGACGUAACCCAGAACUGCGUGGUCCUCAUGGGGCCCUGCCCAGGGCCCCCCUGGACCCCAACACCAGGGUCAUAGAGUUCAGAUCUGUGGGCAUUGGCUCCUCCAUCCUUAGGCAGUUCAGCAUUGUUAACCCCACCAACAAGCCUUACUCCUUUAUCUGGAGAUGUGAGGAUGCAGGUGCCUCCCCUUUCCAAUGUCUCACACCCAAUAACUCCAUUCAGCCUGGGAAGAAAGUAGAGGUAUCUUUUGAGUUCCAGGCCCAGGAGCCAGAUACAGUGGAGUCAUUCUGGACCUUCCUGAUCCCAGAUCAGAACCUGUCUGUGCCCUUCCUGCUGGUUGGAACAGCUAGUGAGCCUGUUGUCUACAUGGACCAUGCCCAUCUUAACCUGGGAAACCUGCUAGUGGGACACAAGGCUCACCAAACAGUGUAUCUGCUGAAUGGAGAGAAUCAGCCCUUUCAGUUCUUCAUUAAGGAAACGUCCCGUUACUCAGAGGCCUUCCUGGACAGCCUGCAGCUGGAGCCCAUGGAGGGGGUGGUGCCACCUAAAGACAGGUUCCCUGUGCUUGUGUCUUUCACCCCGACACAAGAUGGAGUGGUGACCUUUAACCUGCUGGUCCAGGUGAAGGGGAAGGUCCAGCCCCUCAAUAUGAACGUCAAGGCAGAGGGUUACAGCAUGAAUGCCUGUGUGCAGUGUGAGAGCACCGAGGGAGGCGUCACCGAGCUGUCUCCAGGCAACUCUUAUCAUCAGGUGGACUUCAAACAAGUGGAGCUCAGUGAUACGACAUUGUGUACCUUCUUAGUGUCCAACCUGGGAAAGUUCAGUCUGGAUGUUCAGUAUGAGUUAUGGGGCUCGGCGGAGAUGCAGCGCCACCUAAAGGUGGAGACAGACAAGGGGAGUGUUGAGGUGGGCAGACAAAGCCGCUGUACUGUCACAUUCUUCCCCCUGCAGAAGUGUGUGCUCAAAGACGUGGGCCUCAACAUCAAGAUUAAGAACGGGCCUGUGUUCAGCUGCUCCAUCCUGGGUUCAGCGGUUGCUCCUGGCCUGGAUUUCUCCUUCUUGAAACACAACUUUGGAAUGAGCUUUAUCUACUGUGCAGGGAUGGUGCCAGCCACACAUACACUGAUCAUAAGCAACAAGGGAGAGAGAGGGAUCAGUCUAGAUUGUCAGUUCUCCAACACCCCAUUCCUGGAGGUGGGCUUCCAGCCAGAGGUGCUGCCCCCUGGUGGGUCCAUGGAGGUGCCCAUCACCUUUUACCCACGGGAGGCCAUGCGCUACCAUGAGAGAGUGGUCUUCGAGAUCAAUGACUGUGCCAAGCAGAUGGUCGAGAUCCUAGGUCAAGGCAUUGAGAUGAAGGUUGACUUUGAAGACCCCAGACACAAGCUGGUGAAUCUGGGGGCUCUGCAGAUUGGUCAGAAGAUCAGGAGGGUGAUUCCCCUGGUGAACAACAGCCAAUCCUCUCUAACCUUCUCCCUGCUACUCAGCUCUACUGUACACACUCUGCUGGACUCCAGGGUGCUGUCAGUGAACCCGCCAGGUGAGGUGACCCUGAAGCCGUUUGGGGGCCGCUGUCUGGUGGAGGUGCUGUUCUCUCCCAGGCAGCGCAUGGCUCCCUUCACGUCAGAGCUGCAGUUUGAGUGUCUGGGCACGGUUCGCCCCCUGCUGGUACUGAAGGGCUGCUGUCAGGGAGUGGAGGUCAAGCUGGACCAGGACUACCUGCCCUUUGGAGCUGUCGCUCAGCGCUGCAAGGUCACAAGACGCAUCAUCAUGCAGAACUCUGGAGACAUCGGAGCCAGGUUCCAGUGGGAAAUGAAGAGGUUUGGCAGAGACUUCUCCAUCACCCCUGUAGAGGGCUACAUCUGCCCCGGCAUGGAGGUGCCUUUUGAGGUGACCUUUUCCCCUGUGGAGCUGAGCCAUGAGCUGAGAUAUGAUGACCUACCCUGCUCUAUAGAAGGAGCCAAGCCCAUCAAACUCACCCUGGCAGGCUCCUGUAUCCUACCCCCGGUCACCAAAGAGGUGUUGCAUUUUGUGUGUCAGGUGCGCUGUCAGCACAUCCAGUCACUGACCCUGUCCAACCGCACCAACCAGUGCUGGACUCUGAAGCCUGUGAUGGAGGGGGAGCACUGGAGUGGCCCUCCCUCCUUCAUCAUUGAGCCCUACCAGCAGAACAAGGCCUACGAGAUCACAUACAAACCCAUGGUCACGACCGCCGAUGGCAAGAAGCACCUGGGCUCUGUAUUCUUCUCCUUUCCAGAUGGGACAGGCAUGCUCUACACUCUGCAUGGCACUGCUGAGGCCCCCAAGGCUGUAGCCACCAUCACCCACGAGAUGCCCUCCAAGACCCAGUACACUGAGAUGGUUCCCGUCCAGAACUGGCUCUCCAAACCUCAGAGGUUCCGUGCUGUAGUGGAGAUCAUGAAGCCAGAGAGGCCAGACAGCACUGUGUCGCUGAAGGGCCUGGACUAUCUGGAUGUACCAGCUCUGGCCAAGAGGGACUACAAGGUCUCCUUCUUCACCUACAAGGAGGGCCAGUACAACGCCAAGGUGACAUUCCGUAAUGAGUCUACAGGGGAGUACCUGUUCUACUACCUGAACUUCAAGGCCACAGCGCCGGGUGUCAUCAGCACCAUAGAAAUGGUGACUCCGGUGCGCCAGACAGCCUCUGCCUCUGUCAGGGUGGAGAACCCCCUCCCCAUUAGCCUGUUCUUCAGUGCUGAGUGCCGCAGCCCAGACGUCAGUGUGCCUCCACAGCUCUCUACGCCUGCACUCUCCAAGGCCACUCUUUCAUUUGAGUACCAGCCGCUGCGUGCGGGCGAGUCCACUGCUCGUCUCAUUCUUCAUAAUGGAGAGUUGGGCUACUUCCACUAUGAGCUGUUGCUGAAAGCCCUGCCAGCGUCGCAUGAGAAACCGCUCUACUUCCGUGCUCCGCUGGGCAGCGGACACUCCGUCUCUGCCAAGUUUACCAACUACUCCCGCGUCAAGGCAGAGUAUGCCUGCAAGACGGACAGUCCUGACUUCAUUGUGGAGAAGAACAUCAACGCUGCAGCUGGCUACCAGGCGGGCACAGACAUCAGCCUGGAGGUUUACUUUGAGCCCUGUCAGUUGGGAGAGAUCCGUGGCAUGCUCACCCUCUCCUCAGGGUUUGGUGGAGAAUACAUGUUCCCUCUCUUUGGGUGCUGCACCCCUCCCAAAGCCCAGGGCCCCUUCACCAUCCGCGCCGGAUCCAGCGUGUCCAUCCCCUUUAAGAAUGUGUUUGUCCAGACCACAGCCUUCUCCUUCCAGGUGGACAGCCCAUCCUUCACUGUGAAGGGCGUGGAGACCAUCCGGUCCAAGAAGACCCAUAACAUUCUUGUUAUGUUCGAGGGGCCUCCCCCUGGCUCCCGAGGGCCCUGCAGUGGUAAGCUGACCAUCUCCAGCCCGCGCUCCGAGGGCCACGGCCAGAGCAUCUCCUGGGUCUUCUACCUGAAGGGCUACUGCCCUGAGCUGGCCCAGAGGGACAAGACCUCUUAGAGGAGGGUGAACCUCUUCUAUACAGUAUAGAACAGUCCAAUGCACAUUAUGGUUGAUACUACAAUAUGUUUACUCCACACUGAUAUAGUUUUAAGCAAAUGUCAAGCUAAUAAAUGUCAUAGAUGGGUGUUUUUCUUCUGUUGCACUUACAUUUAUACUUUUAGCAUAUAAAAUUGUAUUUGUUGAAUGUGUUUUA